UUUUGAAAUAAUUACGGCUAUAGCAAACCCGAAUUAGCCACGCAAGCUCCUGGUCAUUUCUUUUUUCCUGGUUCAUUUUUAGUAGAGCAAUAAUGGUACGACUGUACCGACGGUAGGUCUCUGCUUUGCUACAUUGGGUCAGGUACCGGUAUGCUUGUACAACGUACAACCUGCCUUUCCUUCCUCUACCGUACGCAAAUGCCGCGGCUGCUGGCUUCGGCCAGAAGCUCUACCACUGGAUGGGAGUACUAUUGAACAUAUCAUCUAGCUAGAUAGUACCCGAAUCGAUAGAGGCACUCUCGCUUAUCACUGUAUCUCUGGAUCAAGCAUGCCAUAGUGGGGUUCGUCUUCACUCGCGUUUCCGAGAGCUCCCUCGCAAACCAGUUUUUGAGAGCUCAAUUUAACUCCCGCACCUGUAAGUUCAGGACCUGCAUCCGUGCAGGAAUGUGGAAACGCCCCGCGUGCCACCACCGAUAAUUCCCGUUUGACCGUUGCUUUUCUUUACGUUGUCAAGAGAGGGAACAAAAGAGAGAGCACAAAAUAUGUGUGUCAAUAGCCAAAUUUGUGGAAGGAGUGCCUCUGGUGAUGUACCAUCGUGGUGCCUCCUUCCACUCAAGCACAUGCUCUGCUUGAAAGAGGCUGCUUCUAACAGCAACAACAGCCGCAGACAAGUAACUCUUCAUCGACAAACAAGAGCUGCUUUCAAGCUGUUAGAUAAGCUGUUCGUUACGAUUGGGGAAGAAGAGAGGAAUAGGCCAUGGUCUUCGGGAAGAGAUUCAGCUUCAAGAGGAAGUCAAAGGAGGGAAAGAAAGCCCAACAGUCCACCCCUAAAGCUGCUCCUUUGAAGCCUGUCUAUUAUGAAGAAGCUGUUGAUUCGGACGCUCAAUCUUCGGACGUAGAAUUUAUUGAGGACGAUUCCCAGUACGUCCCGCCUGAACGAGGAAAAUACCAAGCGACCUCCAAGCUAGAAGAAAGUACUUUCACUGACGUAGAGCUGCCGCUUGCCGUCGUCGUACCCUCCAAGGAUCUUGACGACGAUGACAACUCAAUCUUAUCACAGGAUGGGGUCUUUAACAAAGUUUUUCGGCCAAGGGCAGAAAAGUCGUCCAAACCCCGGCUUUCAUUGGCAACAUCGACAACCUCGGACGAGCAUUUGACAGCAGCAACAGCGUCCGCUUCUGAACAAACCUUUUCUGAAGCGGGAAGUCUAUCGAUAGCAUCCGAGAAGUUUGAGCAAAAGGAGAGAAGGAAGCUUGCUCGGUGGAAAGAAGCAAUGGAUGCAGAAAUCUGCAGAGUGGGAAUGGAGCACCCCAAGGCAGCAGCCCUUUUGCUGGAAUUGGGAUCGACACACUUACAGUGCGAGCACUUUGAAGAGGCAAGAAACUACUUCACUGAAGCGGUCGCAGUGUCAGAAAGUAUUUUUGGGGCCUCGGACUUGAGACUAGCAAAAGCCUUCGAGUUAUUAGGAGCUGCAGAGUAUACCGUCAGCAAACAAGACAAGGAAAUGCUUCAUCACUCCUUGUCCUGCCUUGAAAAGGCUUACCUGGUCCGCUACGAACAGCAAGGACCCGAACACGUGGAUACUGUCUCCACUCUGAGCAGGAUCGGUCGUGUCCAAACAAAAUUGAAGAACUAUGAAGAUGCCAGAGUUUGCCACUACGAGGUGCUCAAAAUCAGAGAGGCAAUCUUUGGAAGUAACCACCCAUGUUGCGCAGUUUCGGCCCGUGCCUUGGCACUGGUAUAUGUCAAGCUAAGGCAGGCACAAUCCGCAAAAUUCUACUUCAAGUUUGCCCUGAAAAUAUAUCAAGACAACGGGUUGGAACAUCAUAGGUUUGCCAGCGCAAUACGCAAGGACAUGCAUGACCUGAAGAUUGUGAAGAAAGCACGUGUUGAAGUAUAAAAGUUGUUCCGAAACUUAUCCGAAGCCGGUUUCACUAUGGCAAAUGUUUAUCAGAUAUAGAUAGGAUAGCAGACGCACGUUAUUAGCGAACUUGUCAAUCCAUGU